UAAUUAUAAAUAUUUUUACUUUAAUUUGAAAAAAAAAACAUCCUGAAAAUCCCGAAAAGAGAAAAAUUGAAAAAAAUAUCAAAUCAAAAGGACAACAAAAGAAAAGCAAAGAAAAAAAGUCGUUUUACCUAUACAGGAAUUUCGGUUUGUGUCCCAGAAAUCCGAGAAGGAGAAACUUCUCUUUGUUGGCAUUAUUCGUUUAUCCAUCCACAUCCAUUCAUUCCAUCAGUCGCGUCGGUGGUGCUGGUGGUGGCAGUGCGUGAAACAAUCCAAUUCCAAAACGUAUUUGGCUGGUGGUGGUUCUCCAAAACAAAAAAUCCAAUAAGAAAAGCAAGCAAUUCUUGUGCGACGGAACGAGAGAGAGCGGAGCAAUCUCCUGGCGGGGUGGUGUAAAGAGUGUAAACGAGCAAGCCAACCAACAAACAUAAUCCCCCCACCCCCAAGCCAAAGUUAUGCUUCAUUCCUCUUCAAGCAAUGCCCAAAAAUAGUUUCAAAUAAAAACCAGCAAAAAAACCCCAACCGAAUUUAAAUGCGGUUUCGUUGACCGGCUUUUAUAAUUUCCGGUUAAAUAUCUUUUUUUUCCAUGUUGGUACAAAUAAUUUUUCACCCAAAUUCUUCAAUUUGUUACAUUCGGACCACAAUCACUACUUAAUUCCACCCCAACUAUCAAUGGACCUUAAAGAGUAUUGCUGAGCUCUCACUCACUCUCCCCCUCUCUCUUACUCUCUACUCUGAAAAAAAAAACGCCAUAUCAAAAACCUCAAAUCUAAGAAACAAAUCAAAAGAAUCUCUAGAAACAAAACCCCAAAAACAAUGUCAACAUCAGCAGUACAAAAUUCUGGUGUGGCGUUGGACAAUAGUACAAAGCAACAAGCAAGACAUCAGCAGCAGCAGGCACAGCAACAACAACAACCACAACAGUCCCAGUCCCAACUAUCAUCCAUAUCAAUAAUGUGGGAUUAUGACAUUGAUAAUACCCUAAAUUCAAUUAAAGAGAAUUGUCAAACGAAAAUUUACAAAACCAAAGAACAGCCGCUGAUACCGCCAUCGCCAUCGCCAACCCCUUCGCCCUCACCGCCGCCACCAUUAGCAAGGCAAGAACGUAACGUACAAGAAGAGGUGGCAAAGACCACAACCCAGACCAUGGCCGCCCAUGCCGUAGAUAACACUAGUCGCAAUAGUACAAUAAUUAUGAAUUCCAAUUCUAGUCAAAAUUUACAACCGCUAACGGUAAAAUGUGAUGAUGUGAUCAAAGCCGUAUUACCUCUAACACCGCCAGCCACACCGGUCACCCAAAACACUGCCCGCAAACGUUGGAAGAUUCUGGCCAAGGUGUUGCGCAAGGAUUCCGAGGAGACGGUUUCGUCGUCGGGCGAAGAAUGCGCUGCGGAACAGAAUGCCUCGGUGCGACGCUUCAAGUCCUUCGAUUUGUUGCGCCAGGAUAGCUUUGAAGAUCAUAGUACCUUAAAUUAUCUGGGAAAGGCGGAAAAUUGGUAUAAAUACAAGGUGAUAUUGGACACGGGGAGCAGUGGUACAGCUCAGCAGGAGUAUACUGUGAAUAUCCAUCACAUGGAUCGCCAUUUAACGGCCACGGAUCUAAUGGGUUUCAAUAAUACGGGCAAUAUUUGCGUUUGGCCCUCCGAGGAGGCCUUGACGGCUUUUGUGUUGUCCGAUCUGGAGUCGUAUAAUGGAAAAUGGAUAUUGGAAUUGGGCGGCGGUUUCACUUGCCUAUCCGGACUUAUGCUAUCGAAAUAUGCCAAACCCUAUGCGGUCCAUUUGACCGAUGGCAAUGAGGUGUCGGUGGAAAAUGUCAAGAAGACUGUUUGCCUCAAUGAGAUGUCAUGCUACACCAAAUGUUCGGUCCUCAAAUGGGAGGAGAGGGGAAGUCGUUCGCCUUCGGAGGCAGGAAAAUUUGAUGUGAUACUCUCAGCCGACUGUCUGUUCUUUGAUGAGGCCCGCAGUGCCUUGGUGGACACCAUAUGGUAUUAUCUCUCCCAGCAUGGUGAGGCCUUGGUUAUGGCCCCGAGACGUGGCAAAACCAUGUCACUAUUCAUUGAAGAGUCUGUCAAACAUGGUUUUAUGGUAUCCAUAACUCAGCGCUACAAUGAGACCAUAUGGAAGCGUCAUUUGGAGCUGAUGAACUCGACGCUGUAUGAUGCUGAUCUCCAUUAUCCGGUGUUGCUGCGCCUGCGCAAACCUCCCAUGGAGAGAAAUGGCAAUGCUGCCAAUAUGUCACUGGCUGUGCCCAUGGAUGUGUGCAAAGAGGACGAUGAUAAUGAAGAUUCUUAGGUGCUUUAACCUCCCUGCGAAUCUAGGCCCGACCAGUUUCCCCUACUCCGACUUGGCAGUCACAUGUUAUAGCUUUAUUUAUCCCCCUCUUUGGUAGAAGCUGCAAACCAACACCAAGAAAAAAUUUGUUUAAUAACUUCAACAAUUCCAUUUUUAUUAAUUCCACUCUUAAAUAUUUUUUUUUUUAAUUUAUGCGGAUGAUACUCUGGAGGCAUCAUCUGAAAAUGUGUAUUACCUUUUUUACAAUCAAAAUUAGUUGCUUAGAUUUUAAUUUUUUUUUCAAAUUUUGUUUUCUUUUUUUUAAGUUAGGAAGUAUGUGGUGGAGAUGUGUGGGGGGUAGGUUGUUUGGAGGGAAUGUAAAAUUUAGGUAUACUGAGCAAAAUCAGCUGUUAGAGAUAUUCUAUCCUUAAGAGACCUGUUGAAGGUUUUCUAUUUACUCUGAACCUAAACCCAAAUAAUGGAGGCAAGAUCCUCCCUUUUCCUGAUUUUUUUUUUGCAAAUAUUCGGAAUUAAAAUUCAUUGGAACCCGUAGAUUUUAGGUAUAUAGUGUCGGAGGCAAUAUUUCAGAUAACAAUGCAAGGAUUAUUUUGAUGGAACAUUUUAACCCUCAUGCGAGUCAUUACAUGGGUCUUUUUGGUCCUUUUUACGAGAAAUGAUUGAAAACUCCCUUUAAACCGGAUCGUAGCAGGACAAAAUAUUCUACAAAAUUAUUUCUCAUACAAUUCUACUAUAGGCUCUAGAGUAUGUCAAAAGUCUAAAUCAAACCUAAACGCCAGAAAUUCGGAAAUAUUAAAUACCAUGUUUUAGGGAGAAAGCCCCACUUUAUGUGAGUUUAUGCAAAAUUCUCCUACAAAACAUCAUUUUAGAAGAGGGACUUUAAAGAGAAAAAUAUUCUCCAUCCAAUUUCACUAUAAGUCAAAGAAAAGCAAUCUCUAUUUCCACGAUAUAACAAGAAAACAUAGGCUUUCUUGUUGCCAAAAGAAAAAAAAACGAAUAAAAUUUCUAUUUUGAAAUCCAUUUCCCCUCGAAGUGCUAUUAAAGUUCCUUUUAGGCCGAAAGUGUCAAAGGGAGUAAUAUUUUAGACAAAAUUUCACUACAGAAUAACUAAAGAUAAACUAUAUAUCUAGGCUUAAUAGAUUUUAAGAAAAUUACAUCCGAAAUUUACAAAUAAAUUUGGCUUAAAUUCGAACUCCAUACAAGUUUAUUGGAAAAUUCCCAUUUUUUUCUCAAAUUUCACUAUAAGUCUCCUCCAAAGAAAAGAAAUCUCAAUUUUUAUUGUAUAUCAAAAAAAAAAAAAAAAAAAAAAAAAAACAAAAACAAAAUUAAAGUUGACCCUAGAAUGGUUACAAAAUGAGGUUCCUCGCUUUAUUCCCAACGCACAAUGGCCACCAAAAUCAUACUUUCUUUGACACUUUCGCCCUAAAACAAAAUGUUAUGUUAUUUUCAGGGAGGGGACUUUUGUUGGUGUUGUCUUCCAUUACGUAGAAACCUGAUAAAGGUUUUCUACCUAUAGCAGAUCUAUUAAAGAUAUUCUAUACUUAGGAGUCCUUUUGAAGGUAUUUCAUCUAUAAGAGACCACUGGCGAUUUUCUAUCCUGUCAGUGGUCUUCUAUAUGCCUUAUUUGAGAUGUCUUACAACUAGACCUUGAAGGUCUUAUUUCCACAUGAGACGUACUUGUAGAAGACCUGUUAAAGGGCUUCUUUCCACUGGAGACAUGUUGAAGAUCUUCUAUCCAUAGGAGGCCUGCUAAAGGUAUAUCCGACCUGUUGAAGAUCUUCUUUUUAUAGCAGACUUCUCAGAAGAUCCGUGGGAGACCUCCUAAGGUCUUCUAACACAAAGAACACCUUCCAUCUCGUAGAAACCUGAUAAAGGUUUUCUACCUAUAGCAGAUCUAUUAAAGAUCUUCUAUCCUUAGGAGUCCUUUUGAAGGUAUUUUAUCUAUGGGAGACCACUGGUGAUUUUCUAUCCUGUCAGUGGUCUUCUAUAUGCCUUGUUGGAGAUGUAUUACAACUAGACUUUGAAGGUGUUCUUUCCACAGGAGACAUAUUUGUAGAAGACCUGUUAAAGAGCUUCUUUUCAUUGGAGAUAUGUUGAAGAUCUUCUAUCCAUAGGAUGUCUGCUAAAGUCGUGCUGAAGAUCUUCUUUUUAUAGCAGACUUCUUAGAAGAUCCAUUGGAGACCUGUUAAAGGUCUUCUAACACAAAGGACACCUUCCAUCUCAUAGAAACCUGAUAAAGGUUUUCUAUCUAUAGUAGAUCUAUUAAAGAUUUUCUAUACUUAGGAGUCCUUUUGAAGGUAUUUUAUCUAUAGGAGACCACUGACGAUUUUCUAUCCUGUCAGUGGUCUUCUAUAAACCUUAUUGGAGAUGUCUUACAACUAGAUCUUGAUUUGGUUCUUGUCCCCCUCUACCCCCCUCCACUGCCUGUCACCAUGAUGACCCUAGAAAACCCCCCAUGAUAAAAGUAUAACAGCUUUAGAUUCAUCUGUAUUGAAGACAUUUUUUUCCAAUAAAAAUUUAUAUUGUUACUUAAUAUUUAAUACUUAAUUAAUAAUUCAUUUAAGAACUGUUUUUUUUAUUUCAUUAUAUAUUUUUCUGAUUUCCGAAUUAUCGUACUCCUAAGCAUUCUUGUAAAUGUAUAUAAACCGCGAAACAAAAGAAACAUGAUAAUAAGAAAAGACUAAAACAAAUUUAUUAUUAUACUUUAGUUCUAUUCAAUGAUAAUUAAAUAAUACAAACUAAAAACAACUAAAUUAAAAAUAGAAACAACAAU